UAAAAACAACACGAACGAUGAAAAAAUACGCUGGCAGCCAGCUCGAAGCGCUUGACGAUCUCCUUUGAAAAAUCGAAUACUCUCCAGGCUCAAUUAGCUUGUUGAGAUCCCAACAAACGAAGGCCGUUAUGGCUACUAGCAUGACAACUCUAGCAGCGCAGCUACGAAAGCUGCAAACACCUCAAACCGCACUGCUUGAUCAAAGAACGACUACAAGCCGUGCGUCACUUUUGUUCGAUGCCAAGGAAGCUGCGACGUUGGAUAGAGACAUUAUCUUUGCGAUUGGAUGUUCAGGGCUCGAAGAGCUGUGCAAGUUAAAUCAGCACGUUUUUGGACGAUACGAUAGAACCUUGUUUAGUGAUGCUUCUAAGGAUUUUCAAAGGGCCAUCCAAACAAAGGAACAGAAUGAGCAGCUGAACACAACGAUGACAGAUUUUUUGCACAGGCUUUCGCCAUAUCUCCUACUUCGUCCAGCCCACAAGGCACUGGAGUGGUUAUUAUACCGCUUUCGCAUUCACGAAUUUAACACAGUAGCCCUUAUGCAGGCCAUUUUACCGUUUCAUGAAACAAAUAUCUUUGCUCGAAUAAUCCAACUGAUCGAUCUGUCAGAUGAAACAACGUGUUGGCACUUCAUGUCCGCUAUAAAAGCCCAGGGUUCUGUGUUAACGAAAAAAGCAUUGAUCGCACAGUGUGCAAAAAGCCCUGGUCUAUUUCGUUUCGUAUGUGAUUCGCUGCUGGCGAUGCGUAAGGUGAACCAGGGUAGCGCUUUGCGGCCAGCAAUCAACCUGUCUACUGGAGUUAUUCUAGGAGUGAUGGAGCUGCAUGGACAUCGUAUCAAUAAUAAGCUAGUGUCAGCAAUUAUCGCGCAUGUUGCUGAUGGAUUUGUGCAUGCCAAGCAAGACGGCAAUGUUGAAUGGGUCAGCGCAAAUGCUAUGAUGGUUGCUCAGUUGGCUAGAAAACAGUUGGCAUUAAAAAGCGACCUCCUUCAAUUGUUACUUAUUACAAUGGUCAAGUCCUUGAAUGAAGAGAGCGUUAAUAGCGGUCUUUUUGCUCUACUCACUGCAUACCGCUAUCAAACGAACUUAGAUACACUGCCUCAGAAAGUAACUAAAGGUUUUCUCGGGUUUACAAAUCUAGCUGAGAGAUUAAAGGCAGCCAUCAGCGGAAGUCGCCAUGCGGAUAAGUUUAUGAGACUGUUCAUACACGGCCUUUUCGUACAUACUCUUAUGGAAGUUCCAGCCAACGACGUAGGCGCGUUUGUUCUGCCAUACUUCAAUUUUAUUACGGAGACAACCGAACAACGCCAAACGGUAGCCGAACAGUUCUUGAAGGCAUAUCUUGUUGUGCGUGUAAGCAACGAAGGGAAAAAAUGCAUACCAGCUGCCAGUGAGAUUCUCCAAAAGCUCAAACAACGUGCUGGCGAUGAAUUGGAUGCAGAGAUUGUUAAAGGAUUCCAAACUAGCGACCGUGAACUAAUUGCUGAACUUGCGUCUGAAUGUAGUCUUGGGAUCCAGCACUCAGUUGUAGGCGACAACGGUGAGACCGUAUUCCUUGCUUUAAUGAGCAAGAUGUCACAUAUACGGAUGUCUGCAGUCACAACCAUUAUAAGCAAAGCUCCGACGACGGAGGCGGAUCCAUUUGUGAAGAGGUCUCUCAAGAAUCUUAUUGCCACAGAGACGGACGUUGGAGUUUACAAUGCACUUAUCGAUUCAUUGUCUGCCGAAACAUUUCUCAAAUUCGUCGAUGCAGAUGAAGCUAUUAGCAUAAUUACAGAGCGGCUUUGCACCAUCCGUAAAAAGAAAUGGGUACAUGUCAACCAGAAGCUGAUACAACUAGUAUGUAACGGCCUUGCUCCGUCCGCAAACGAGCGUUCAGUUCUACGAUUUCUCUUAACAAUGUCAGUAGUGUUUAGAUCGUUUGAUUUGGCAAUAAUUGAUGAGUGUCUGAAAUCAAAUGUUGUUAAAAGUCAUCAAGAACUAAAGCAUCUGGCCAAAUGUACAGUUUCCGAUAAUAUGCCAGCAAUAGAAAUUUGUGACUCCAUUGCUGCAGCAUUGGCCAAGGGGUUUUCAGCUUCGGCGAUCGAUGAUUAUGUGCAGUGGUUGCUUAGUGACAGCGGCACAAAUCUGAAAACGCGCUAUGCAAGCCUUCGGUUUGUGGAGCACCUUAUCAUCCAGUCUAAACCGCUUAACACCGGUACCUUAAACGCAGCGUUGGACACAUUACAGGUUAUGCUUUUAGACUUAGAGGAAACAGAUGGUGACGAGAUCGAAACCCUGGCUGGCGGAGCGCUUCCGAUUCGCUGUGUGACCAGAGUUAUUGGAGCACUUUUGAAAAAUGUGCAACCCAUUAAAGAGCUAGAGAAGGUUCCCUCGUGGCACAAAAACGUGGACACCCGCAGCAGUGAAGUGGCUUUCCUCCGAAGGGUGUUCUCCAUUGCCGUUGGACGGCAAAAAAAAGAAAUUAGCUUUAGAGAUAUGCUGCACAUCUUGUUUAGCUCAUGCUUACCGUCAGCAGAGUUCAGAUGCAAUUUCCUGUGCGACAUGUUACUUGGACAUCUCACGGGUGUGCAAUCUGAUGACAAUCUUCAACUACAAGCGCACUCGCUUUGUCUACUGGCUCAUUUUAUUGGUGAUGUGGACGGAGAUUCGAUAGAACUUAUUACGCUGUCAAUAGUUAUCGUUCUGCUAUCGCCAUCGAAGAGAAUUCGCCGACUUGCAAUUUCUGUUUUGGAGCACUGUAAUAAGGACGCUUUUAUCGAGUACCUUGUGAAGCAUGGAAGUUCGAUCGCUGACGUCGAGAGCGUCCUCAAAUGCGUCGCUACGUUUCACAGAUCCCAUAAGAUAACUUUCCUUAACCGAAUGUUUACAAAUGAAGGGCUAACGCCGAUUGUGCGACUAGGAAUUGCUCGAAUGCUUCGAAAUGUCGCUUCCCCGUCGACAAUCGAUGUGUGCAUGGAUAUCGUACAUCGCUAUAUUGACAGUCCAGGACUCAUUAUCGACUCGGUGAACCGUGAACUAAUCAAAUUAUGCCUUGAGAAACUUUCGCUAGGAUCCGCUAAAAAACUCAGCGAUGUCCAGCAGAGAAUACUCUUUGGAGUACUGACGAGCUCAAACGAAACGAUGAGAAUGCUUGGUUUGCAGUGCUUGUCCUCAGAUCUUAUCGGAAAGAUCGCCGAUACCGAAAUAGUCAGACUCAUAGAUUAUUUGCUGUCAUCGAUGAUUGACGUGCUAUCAGAAUCGCAACGCGAUGCGGCUGAGAGCGCUCUCAGAAUUAUUUGUCAGCAUCAAACAAAACUAGUUGUGGUUGAGCUAUCCAAGGUAACUGUAGAUGAGUUGGCUAACCUACACUCAGUAAGAGACGUCAAACGAAUGCGCACUAGCCUCAAAGAAACAAAUGUGAAGGAAAUCAAACCUUCGGAUGACCCACUCGAGACGGCAGAAUGGCGUCGUGCCGUCAUUUUGCUUGAGAUACUGCAUAGCGUAACCGAGCUGAAACAACAGGAUGCCCAAGGGGUGGUAACGGCUCUUUAUGACGUACUUCGUCGAUCGCUUGAAUUACCGGUCGGUUGCGUGAAUGUUGAAUACGUGAAGCAGUGCAUUCUGUCGUGCCUACAGGUGCAUGGAACCUGCUCCCACGAGUUACUCCGACCUCAUCGGCACCAGAUCAGCUUGCUGGUUAAGGCACUCCGGUUAAGCCAGUGUGCCCAAACCCAGCAUGCUAUUCUGGUCAUGCUCAACCAUAUGGCGCGCCUAUACCCCGAUGAGGUUUUACAAAACAUGAUUAGUGUAUUCACGUUCAUGGGAACGUCGCUUCUACGCCAAGAGGAUGAAUAUUCAUUCCAAGUUGUUGUGCAAACCAUCCAAUCGGUAAUCCCCAUUCUGCUUGAAGCGUCCAAGAGCAAAUCGAACAAGGACGUUGUGUCAAAGGUCACCGGUGUCUUCGUCGAUUCUUGGCCGGAUAUUCCGGAGCACAGAAGAUACCCGAUUUUUAAGAAACUUAUUGAGACACUUGGGUCAGCGGAUUACGCGUGGACACUGGUAGCACAAAUGAUUGACCAACUACUUGAGAAAGAGGCCGACCUUGAGGACUCUGAUUUCUUGGAGUUCAUGCUCGGCCUUGUUGGUGAUUUUAGUAUAGACACUACACUUUGUACGUGUUAUCGGCUGCUGCAAUUUGCUCUCUCGGUACCACUAUACCAAAAACAAGCCAAUGAAUCAAUGAUAGACAAGGAGAUCGUAAACGCAGCACAGUGCAGUGAUCAAAGACUUGCCGACUUCAAAAGCGUGUCCGCUAUGUUCGUCGAGCAGGUCCUGUCCGGAACAAACUUUAUUUCAUUGGCAGCUGAACUUGAUGAGAACGAACUAGGACAGGCCGAGAAUAUGUAUCAGGCUCUUCUUGCAGUUAGCCUUGAAUCUAUUCAUGUGCUGAAUGCUGCCAUUCAGGAAUGCGCCGACGAUGAAUUGCUAGAGAGUUGGAAGUCCAACAUUUCGCUGUUGCACGACUGUGUCGACCGGGUAAACGGCGUCCUCAGACCAAACACUCUGGUGGCUGUAAUGCAACAGCUACUAACACAGGAACUGCCGUCGAUUCGUAGAAAUGCAAUGGACAUGCUUAACAACAAGCUAAUUGCUGAAACGUUCUUCGAUAACUGUGAACAGAUUGCCUCUCUGGUGGAGCCGCUCUCUAUACUGGUGAGCAAGUCACCUGGUGAGCAGGAUACAAUGGGUCGGCAGACCGCGCUAGUGUCUCUGAAACUUAUCUGCAGGAGAAUACCAGCUGCAAACGAUGAGAUAAAUAAAGUCUUCGACGUCGUAGACAAGCUAUUCAGCAGCCAUGACAAACUAUCUGAUGUUAUCGUAGGCGGGGUCCUGCUCCUGUUUGCAGAACUGUGCCACUCCUGCCCCACGAAGAUGUUAAAUCAUUUCGCAAAGCUCAUGAAACGAUUUUUGAUCAUUUCAGAAAAUGGUGCUAAGAAGAGUGAAGCCAUUGUUCUUGGCCUUGUGGUCAGUUAUCAUCGUCUCGUUGGAAAUCUAGCAGGUUUUCUUUCACCACAUCUACCUAAACUCAUCAGCCACGUUUGUCGACUUUGUGCUGAACAACAACUCAAAGAGCGUGACGAAGCUCUUAAGGAACAAUUGACAAAGAUAUGCCUUCAUAUUGGCGAAAGUAUUUCGUUGCGAGUCCUGCUACCUGCAGUUGAAGACUGUAUAACCGGUCAGCCUGUGGUGAAGGAACAGCCGCUUUACCUUAAUCAUCUGCUCAAAAUCUUCAAAGCGGCCAUUGAGUCAAGUGAUCGUCAUAUAUUUGAUCAACAGCGUGAAGUGGUACAGAGUCUGGUUUUACGUCUAUUAUAUUUCCGUGAAGAAGCAGCAGCCGAACAGAUGGAUUCUGAGCAUGUGACCAACGCUGAAGGGUUCAUUGUCGACUGUGUCACAACUUUAUCGCUAAAGAUGUCCGAAAUGACGUUCCGGCCAUUCAUCAUGAAGCUUUACGUGUGGGCCACACUGGUUGCCGAAGAGAUGGAUAACGAUUGCCGUUUCCAUCGUACGGCCACAUUUUUCCACCUUUGCUACAAGUUGUCCGACACUCUGAAGGGACUAUUCGUUCUUUUUGUAGGACAGUUUAUACAGCAGGCUGUAAACGUUUUGGACAAAUAUCGUGCUGAAGUAGCAAAAGAAACGAAAGAUGUAUUGCUAGAAACAACGGCAUGGAUUCUGGGCACACUGUCGAACUGCUUCCAGUAUGGUGGAAAAUCAUUUGUUACAUCUGAGAUGUACAAGACUGUUGCAAAAUCUAUCGUUGAUGAGAUCGAAAACACAAUUGAUAGCUCGGCAAGUACAUAUGAACGACGAAUUCUCACGCGGGUAACCCCAGCCAUUGUUAAUCUGGCGGUUGCAUGUACAGACGCUGAUUGCAAGGACCUCCAUAACAAAGUGUUGUUCAAGACGAGGAACAGUUCGGCCCGCAUCCGGUUUUCGGCGCUUCAGACAUUUGCUGCAAUGGUAAGGCGACUUGGAGAUGACUACGUAUCUUUAUUGCCGGAAAGUGUACCAUUCCUCGCUGAGCUAAUGGAAGAUGACCGCCCUGAGGUGGAACAUCUGGCACAAAAGGUCGUUCAAGAAAUGGAACAGCUUCUCGGGGAACCUUUGAUGAAAUAUUUCUAGGACUACUGAUUGGCCAACUGUUAGAAUGUAUUUCUUUUCCAAAGUACAUGAUAGGGUUAACAAUACUACGUAGGUAAUUAUCGUAAAUGAGUUGACACUAAUAUUAAUAUAGAGAUAUAUAUUUGUUGAUAUCUUAGGUACAGUCAUUGGUUUUCUUUCCAUCGAAUCUUAGAAAACUGGUAACUUCAAAUAAACGC